UGAUACAGUACGUGCACAUACUUAACCCUGAUCUUUUGAACCUCUUGAAGAAAUCAUGUUGUGUUAAUUUUCUAACACACAUGAUUGUCAGCAUUUUUAUCCAUUACUACAAAUGAUUGCCCUUCGUGUUUAACCGUAAAAAACAUGUACAUAUUUCCAUACAAUAUCGCUGAAAUAAUUCAAUUGCAAGAAAAUGCAAUUUUACUUGAGAAACAGCAGAUUCGGAACAAUUGUCCAUUCUCUGCUAUAUCUUUUUGGUAUUCCUGUUUUCUUUGGAGACUACAAUAACUUGAACGAUUCAGAUAGUCGCGAGGGCAUUCUUCGUGAUUACGGUCUCUUGGUCAACAUUUCAAACACUACGACUGACAAUCUGUCAAGUCUCCUCACAGGAGGAGAAAAAUCGUUGGAUACAGAAAAAUGUUUUGAACCAUGGGGCUGUUUCAAACCAAAGUUUCGCCUCUUUCCAGACACAAUCCAAGACAUGAACCCCACCGUGUGUCUCUACACGAUGCCCAAAAAAAUCACUAGUAAAAAUGGUUGCGACUCGUGCCAAAUUGUUGACAAUGAGACCCUUCGACAACUCCAACACCUUGAACGUCCAGCAGCAGCUUCAGUCAUUAAUAACGUGUCAUCUAUCAGAGGUGGACAAAGCUACUGGAUCGUGCACGGCUACAUGGAAAAUGGAAACCGACCCUGGAUCAAGGAGAUGGCAUGCGAAAUCUUGGCACAGGAUGCAAAGGCGAAUGUUUUUGUCGUGGAUUGGGCGGAAGCCGCUAAGCCCCCCUACACUCAAGCCGUUGCAAACCUGGAGUUGUUGGCUGUAUAUUCAGCCAGAAUUAUGAGAGAUCUGCAAGAGUUGUACAGCCUGGAUUACAAAAAUGUCCACUUGAUUGGUCACAGUCUUGGAGCUCAUUUGGCCGGGUUCAUUGGAACCUGGGUAAAGGAUCACUUGAAUGAGACGGUAGGUCGAAUUUCGGGAUUGGAUCCUGCCCAACCUCAUUUUCAGGAAGUCCCACCUGAUGGCCGAUUGGGAUUUGAGGACGCAAAUUUCGUUGAUAUAAUUCAUACUGACGCUCGGCCCAUGCUGGAUGGAGGGAAUGUGGGGGUGGGUCUUGGGAUGCAACAGCCCAUUGGUCACGCCGACUUCUACCCGAACAAUGGGAGGGAGCAGCCUGGCUGUAAGGACGGAGUUUACAACGCCAUCCUACUCGAAGACGGCUCAUUCCUCUACGGUAUUAGAAGGUUCUUGGGCUGUGACCAUAUGCGUGCCUACGAAUACUUUACGGAAUCGGUUCGUUCUCAUCGCGUCGAUUCAUGCAAGUUCAUGGGGUUUGCCUGUUCAUCUUGGGACCAAUUUUCGUCUGCAAGAUGCAACACGUCCCUGGUGCCCAUAAAUUGGAUGGGGUUCAAUGCUGUGAAACCAUCCGAAGGGACAAUGAUAAGUUAUUAUCUAGUCACUUCCUCCAAAUCUCCAUUCUGCCGCAACCAUUACGUCGUGACCCUCAACCUGGCACAAGAGUCCUCAUACCGUUCGACCUCAGAGCUCCACCUCGUUCUAGGAGAUCCUGCGGAGGGAGACACUGCCACCCUAACUAUUGACUGGACGUACGGAACUUCGUGGAGGCAACUUGACUUACACCUACCUACGCGAAGGUCCUCACAUUUCAGGAAUGAAGAAACUCGUUCUACGGCCUGCCAUGUCCAACCCAUUGCUUUGGUGGGUGAAUCGGAUGGGUCCCAAGACUCCCGACCUCUCGCUCACCUCCAUCUCCAUAAAACACUUGGAACCAAACGUCAAACGAGGCGAGGAUAGUAAAAUCAUCUUUUGUCCAGUUGGUUCACCGUUUUUCAGCAUUUCGGAUCAAAAUCCACACAUUGAGUUGAUGCCAGCCGACAAUAAUAGCCAAACAUGUGCAUGAAAAGCGUCAUUAUACAUGACCUAGUGGAGGAUUCUGAACCAUGGCCAUGGCCUUAAUCUUUAGGAUAACAGGAUGCUGAUAAAAAUAAAUAGCGUAGUUUGUGAAAAUACAUAUAAUAAAAACGUUUAGCUUAAAAAAUGCGAAUAAUUUAA